GCCAUUGCAGUUACUCAAUAGCCCAGCUGGUGUUGUACCUGCGGAACAGUGAAUUCAGGUGCACACAUUUUACUGUUAGUGAAUGUGUUUAGUUCCAGUUCUGACUUGGCCUACUGUUAUGAAUGACUGAUGCGAAACUUUGGCAGCGUUGUGUUAACUGCCAGUCAACAAUUACGUUGGCUAGCUAACUAGCUAACGUUAAAUUAGCGUGUGGGCAUGUGUGACGUUACUUAACAACUUUAUUCUGUGACACCACCACGCAGGAGAAGAAAGAGCUGUUAAGUAAUGUCAAGCAGGCUAGCUCUUCGCUUUGGGUGUAGAAGAUUAAACCUCCUCCAUGGCUGGCCGCAGCGACAGCAGGUGUUGUCGAUGUGUAACGUUAGUGGUGGACAAGGCGCCUACAUUCAAGGACAGAGCCCCGAGCCUCGGGUGCGGGAGUACUUCUACUACCUAGAUCACCAGGGACAGCUGUUUCUGGACGACACAAAGGUCAAGAACUUCGUCACCUGUUUCAAAGAUCAGCAGUUCCUGGUGUUCUUCUUCAGUCGUCUGCGUGUGAACGGCGUGGGUCGCUAUGACGAUAAGUUCCCGUACGUGUCGCUGUGCGGACGCGAGCGCAACUUCCUGCGCUGCGAUGACCAGCCCGUCGUCUUCACCCACCUGCUGCCGCCGCCGUCGUCGUCGCCAGGGGAAACGACCCCGUCGCCGGGGGAGACGCCGCUGCUGUCGUUCUGCGGGGGCGGGGCCAAGCUGGCGGUGCGGUUCCGGCCGGACUCGCUCUACAUGGCGCCGGCCAGCGGCCGUCUCUACCACCCGGCGGCCGAGAGGACCGGCGGCGUGGGCCUGGUGCGCUCCGCGCUCGCCUACGAGCUCAGCGCCCACUUCCUGUACCGCGGCAGCACGCCCACGCACUUCCUGUGGGAGGGGCACACGCACCAGCUGACCAACGAGCUCGCAGAACACUUGGGCUCGGACGAGGCUGCGGAAGAGGGAGGCAACUGACUGACAUGAACUGAGUGUGUGUGUGUGUGUGUGUGGGCGUGUGUGCAUGCAUGCGUUAGUGUGUGUGUGUGUGUGUGUGUGUGUGUGUGUGUGGGCGUGUAUUUACUGCUUCUCAUCCUGCUGUAAUAACGUUGAAUCAGUAAAAUGUGUUGGCUUCUAUCUAUCUAUUUGUUUCACAAUUUGUGUGUGUGUGUGUGUGUGCGCGUGUGCUGGUUCUUUAGUCCUACAAAUGGCCACAAACUAUAUUGUCUGUGCAGAUUAGACUGUCCCAUCUUGCCAGGUCAUGGAAGAGUGUACACACACACACACACACACACACACACACAUACACACACACACACAAACACACAGACUAAUGUGGCUCCCAACUGGCUUGUUUGUGAACACGUGGCUGUAAGUGAAAGAACCUUGAGGCGCCAUUUUUGAAGAUGCCGACAGCCAAAUCCAAACCCCUGUCAUGUCACCUGCAUUCUGAUGUAGCUUGGAAAGCUGUAAUGCACCGUGCGACCACUAGGAGGCCCUCCUCCACAGAGGAGCUGUAAUGCACCAUGCGACCACUAGGAGGCCCUCCUCCACAGAGAAGCAGUUAACAGCGGCAUGAUAUACCCUGGUGUGCAAAAGUUUAGAAACCCAUGCAAAGUUGACAGAAAAGAGGAAUAAUAUCAUCUUUUGGAAAUUGGUCUUAAUGCCUUAAUUGAACUGAGUAACACACUAACCUUU